UCGCAGCUCACCGCCUCGUCACCGCGCCAAUGCUGCUUCACCCCGCUGGACUUUGAGGCCGUCAUGGCCGUCUGGGCGCUGACCUUGGCGCUGCUCGCCCUCGCCCUCGCUCACGGACGAAGACCCGCCCUCCCCGCCAUGUCGCUCAAAGAUGGUUGUUUCACGGUUCUGCCAGAGGUGGAGCUGUUCCACAUGGAGAGCGAGGUCGUGGUCGUGUCUUUCCCCAUGUUCCGGAGGACGCUCAAAGUACGUAACAUAGCCCCGCCCACUGCGACUUACCGCGUCACCAAGGGCAACGCCAGCGCUGCCGCCUUCCUGGACAGCGAAGGGCGUGUCCAGCAGCGUGGCACUGACUUGUGGCUCCUCCCAUCUCAGGUGUCCGACUCUGGAGACUACACCUGCACCUUCAGGAACGCUAGCUACUGCGUGCGAGGUAGCGUCACGCUGACGGUGUACGCCACGUCCUCCGUGGACGUCCACAAGCUGUCCUAUCAGUACAACGUCACAGCGGGACACGACGUCACGCUCCGCUGUCCUUCUCGGAAUCACUUUGACCGCACCGCACUACGCAUCGAGUGGCAGGCGGACUCCGCCCCCGGCCGCCUCCAAGAUGCCCAAAGAUGGCGCUCUUUUCGGCAAGACGGCGGAAACUUGUUCAUCUUGGCGGUGAAGCCAUCGGACGCCGGCCUCUACACGUGUCGCCUGGGCGUGACGGUGGACAACAGGAAGUACUCGGCCAGCAGGCUCUUUCAGCUCCUCGUGCAAGGUUCUGAAUUGGUUCCGACUCACAUGGAGGUGGACCAGACUUCUGUAGUGACCUCUGACCCUUCCUCUCCCACCGUCAGGCGUACGCCACCGCUGAUCAUCUCGCCGGCCAACAGAACCAUCUUGGAGGCGGCGCACGGGUCUGGAUUAGAACUAUUCUGCAAGGUUGUGACUGACUGUGACGUGAUGUCAUCAACCGCCAUCUUCUGGUUGGUCAACGGCCUCCAGGUGGAAUCUUCCUACCUGGACGGGCGAGCCCUGCAGGGGGGCAGGAAGGAGAGCAUGACGGCGUCGGGCUGCCAGGCGGAGUCCAGGCUCAUCGUCGUGGCGAUGACGGACGAGGACGCGGAGGCGGAGCUCCGAUGUGUGGCUCACAACCGAGGCGGCAGACAGGAAGUGGUGGUCCGCCUCCAGCUGGAAGAUGCCACGCCCACCUGGACGGCGGUCUCUGUGGUGGCCACUUCCUGUUUCCUGGCGGUGGUCGUGGUCUUCCUCUGCGUUCUACUCAGGCCCAAACAGAAGAAGAAGAAACUGGACUACUUCCUGGCCCGGCAGAACAGCACCACCUACAGUGCGGAGGACUGAUCACCUUCCACUUUAUUGAUCACUUUAUUGAUCACCUUCCACUGUAUUAAUCACCUUCCACUUCAUUGAUCACCUUCCACUUUAUUGAUCACCUUCCACUGUAUUGAUCACCUUCCACUUUAUUGAUCACUUUAUUGAUCACCUUCCACUGUAUUAAUCACCUUCCACUUCAUUGAUCACCUUCCACUUCAUUGAUCACCUUCCACUUUAUUGAUCACUUUAUUGAUCACCAUCGACUUUAUUGAUCACCAUCCACUUUAUUGAUCACCUUCCACUUUAUUGAUCCGCUUCCACUUCAUUGAUCACCUUCCACUUCAUUGAUCACCUUCCACUUUAUUGAUCACUUUAUUGACCACCAUCCACUUUAUUGAUCACCUUCCACUUUAUUGAUCCGCUUCCACUUCAUUGAUCACCUUCCAUUUUAUUGAUCACCUUCCACUGUAUUAAUCACCUUCCACUUUAUUGAUCCGCUUCCACUUCAUUGAUCACCUUCCACUUUAUUGAUCACUUUAUUGAUCACCAUCCACUUUAUUGAUCACUUUCCACUUUAUUGAGUACCUUCCACUGUUUUAAUCACCUUCCACUUCAUUGAUCACCUUCCACUUCAUUGAUCACCUUCCACUUUAUUGAUCACUUUAUUGAUCACCAUCCACUUUAUUGAUCACCUUCCACUUUAUUGAUCCGCUUCCACUUCAUUGAUCACCUUCCACUUUAUUGAUCACUUUAUUGAUCACCAUCCACUUUAUUGAUCACCUUCCACUUUAUUGAUCCGCUUCCACUUCAUUGAUCACCUUCCACUUUAUUGAUCACCUUCCACUGUAUUAAUCACCUUCCACUUCAUUGAUCACCUUCCACUUCAUUGAUCACCUUCCACUUUAUUGAUCACUUUAUUGAUCACCAUCCACUUUAUUGAUCACUUUCCACUUUAUUGAUUACCUUCCACUGUAUUAAUCACCUUCCACUUCAUUGAUCACCUUCCACUUCAUUGAUCACUUUCAACUUUAUUGAUCACUUUAUUGAUCACCAUCCACUUUAUUGAUCACCUUCCACUUUAUUGAUCCGCUUCCACUUCAUUGAUCACCUUCCACUUUAUUGAUCCGCUUCCACUUCAUUGAUCACCUUCCACUUUAUUGAUCACCUUCCACUUCAUUGAUCACCUUCCACUUUAUUGAUCACUUUAUUGAUCACCUUCCACUUCAUUGAUCACCUUCCACUUUAUUGAUCACCUUCCACUUCAUUGAUCACCUUCCAUUUUAGUUUAUUGAUCCGCUUUGAGUUUACUGAACAGAUUUUAGUUUAUUGAUCACGCCCCUCCCCCCUUCCCCACAUUUAAAAUGGUAUUAAAAACGCUGUUUGGAACAA